GCCUUCUACGUCUCUCCACAACCUCCCCAACAACACAACAUCCCACAAACCCCCUGGAUGAUUCUCCGAUCCGCCUUACGGGGAUUCCGAAGGCCCCUUCGAAGGAUUCGUACCAGUGUCCCUCUUUUGAACGAACCGCAAUGUCUUUUGCCCGCCAUUUUGAACCACGCCACUAGUGCCAUAUACAAGUCGGAUCAUAUACAAGUACGCGAAUCUUCCUCGUCGACUAGGUGGAAGAAUAGACAGUCGAGUGAUUCGUAUUCGAGGGAUGCGAAGGUUAAGGGACUGAAGAGUCGGGCGGCUUUUAAGUUACUUGAGGUGCGCACCUAUGGGUUUCAUUUCGAGGGGGGUGGAUGGGAUGGAAUUUUUUGGGAGGGGAAGAGAUGCUGAUUCACUCGUGAUAGAUUGAUGCGAAAUACAAGUUGUUUACAAAGGGACAGACGGUCGUGGAUUUAGUUAGUUCAUUCAUCCUGCGAUUUGGGAAAACUAAUGGUAUGGCCGGUUUUGGUAAUUGUGUGUAGGGAUAUGCGCCGGGUAGUUGGUCGCAGGUGUGUUCCCUUCUCCUCUCCCCCCUUUCCUCUUUUUAUGUUAAAUUUAUGCUGGAUGGAAGCUAAUUGAUGAUUAGGUAGCCGUCGAAAGAACCAAGCCCAACGGCCGCAUAAUAGGAAUCGACAUCAUCCCCGCGCAACCCCCAAAAGGCGUAUCCACCAUCCAAGGAAACUUCCUCUCCAACGAAGUGCGGGAGGAAGUAAAACGUUUUCUACGGGAUCCUGAUCGCGGACGGCCGAAUACGGUUCUUUCAGAUGACACAUUCGCCGUCGAUGCGCCGAGUUAUAUCGAUUUGGAGCGAGCGGUGGUGGAUGAUACGUCAAUGAAAGAGGAGGGGGAGGAGGGGAAUGGGAACGAGAUGAGAUUUAGCUUGAAAAGAAGGACGCUCCAUGUGGGCAGGGUGGUGGAUCUCGUAUUGAGUGACAUGUCAGCUCCCUGGGACCAGACGACGGGGUUUUGGAAGAGAAGUCUAAGUGACCCGUAUAUUAGGAUGAUGAAUACUUCGGGUAUCAAUUUUAAAGAUCAUGCGGGGAGUAUGGUACGUGUUCUUCCCAUUUUCAUUACCAUCCUUAAAUCCUCUAUGUCUAGGUCCUCAAAAAUGGAGAGGAUCCAAUUUUUUAUGUUUGAUAUUUGAUAUUUUCUUAAGGACUUUGGGCUAAACUUUGAGUCAAUAUAGGAUCUCUGCUCCGCAGCCCUAUUCUUCGCCUUCGACACUUUAAAAAUAGGCGGUCACUUCGGUACCCUUCCCCUUCCCCUUCCAAUACCUUCCCAUCAACCCAACCCAAUACCCUCCCCUUUCUCACCAACAAAAGCUAACCUCCCCCCAAAGUCUGCAAAUUCUACCAAGGCGCCGAAGACAAAACGCUCGAAAAACGGCUCCGAAAACUCUUCGCCUCGGUACAUCGAGAGAAACCCGAGUCCUCACGUAGUGUAGGUCUCCUCUUCCAUAUCCCAUUCCCCUUCCCAUCUCACCCCCAGACCAAUAACCCCACAAAUCCACAACAGAAACAGAAGUUGACACCGCACGCACAGGAAUCAAAAGAAGCCUUCUUCGUCGCCCUCCGCCGAAAAAACGACCCAAGUCUCGAGGAAAUAAUGAGUAUACAGUAA